UAAACUCACUAUUCUGCCAAGCCCGUAGAGCCCUGCAGACACUUGUAAAAACAAUGCAACUAGUCCAGCAUUGCAUUGCAGAAAGCCAAGAAACCCUCCCCCCUAAAAUAAACGUGGCUACCGGGAUUAUUGGGCCGUUUAUAUAUGAAUAUACAGCAGAGCCAAGAACAGGAGAGAAAAAAUGGUUAGAAUACGUAACAGGGUCUUGAGGCUAGCGACAGUAGGUUGCAGGUUGGAUGUGGUGGCUAUUACUUUUGAUUGAUCAGUCCGUGUUCUGGGGUAGACUGCUAUCUGUUUAUAGAUGUACAUAGGUACCGAUACGUUGGUAGGGUAGGGGGACCCUUUUUCCUCAUUUGACGUUGCUUGGUUGGCUUAGGGAGGCGUGGUUCUUCUCUUGAGGCCCAGCAGUCUGGAGACGAAGAGAAGCUUCUUUUCUUCUUUAUUCAACUGUAUUAGAGGGUAGGUGCAAGAAGGAUAUUUGAACAGUUUUCAUCUGACAGAUUUACAUAAUCACCCUUUAGGAGAUAC